GUUACGUGUUCCCCUCCCUUACUGUCUAAUAAAUAACAGCAGUGAUAAAUAUAAUUUCAAUUGAGUGAAGUUUAAUUACAAUUUGGUCAGGAUUGUGUACGAUACAUGAAUUGUAUAUCUCAUAUAUUUUGUUGAAAUGACUAGUCACAUUAGAGGCUUUGUGUAAAUUUAAUUAAAUUGGAAAACGUAGGAUUCCUAUUUCUAUUAAAGUAUAUAUUAUUUUACUUUGUCUUGCAGAGGAAGUGAUUUCUAAUAAAUAUCAGUACAGGAACUGUGGUCAUAAAAUGAAGAUCUUAUUGAUCAUUUUUACCUUCCAGUUGUGUUCUGCUAAUAUACCAUUAGUUGUGAAUACAUGGAAUUUUAUUAACGCCACCCAGAAAGCCUGGGAAAUUUUAAACAUAAGCGAAAACGACAACGCAUUGGAUGCUUUAACGCUUGGGUGCAAAGUUUGUCAAGACGAACAAUGCGAUAACACUGUUGGUUAUGGAGGAUCUCCUGAUGAAAAUGGAGAAACCACAUUGGAUGCCUUAAUUUUUGAUGGCGAUACAAUGGAUAUGGGAGCUGUCGGUGGUUUAAGAAGUGUGAAAAAUGCAAUAGCUGUUGCUAGAUAUGUACUGGAACAUUCCGAACAUUCAUUUUUGGUUGGAAAUUUAGCGUCAGCAUUUGCUGAGAAAUUUGGAUUUCCCAAUGAAUCCUUACAAACAAAUUUUUCUUUAAAUUUGUGGGAAGAAUGGAAAGCAAAUAAUUGUCAACCAAAUUUCUGGAAGAAUGUUUUUCCAGAUCCUAAAAAUCAUUGUGGACCAUAUACUGAGUCGAACAUUCUAGCAGAUAAUACUCUUACAAAUACUGUACCGACUAAAUUUAAUUCGAGAAAUCAUGAUACAAUUGGGAUGAUUGUAAUUUCUCAAAGUGGCCACAUUGUUGCUGGAACAUCUACGAAUGGCGCUACAUAUAAAAUUCCAGGGAGAGUUGGAGAUUCACCUAUACCCGGCGCAGGAGCUUAUGCAGAUAGUAAUUACGGAGCAGCUGCUGCUACAGGAGAUGGAGACAUAAUGAUGAGAUUUUUACCAAGUUUCCUGGCAGUAGAGCAGUUACGACUUGGAGCUUCUCCAGAAAAAGCAGCUAAAAUCUCGUUGUCGCGAAUUAUAGAUAAGUACCCUACAUUUUUUGGAGGCAUAAUAGUAGCUGAUAAAAAAGGUAACAUUGGUGCCUACUGUAAUGGCAUGGAACAAUUCCCGUUUUCUGUAGCAAGUGCUGACUAUCCAAACUCUGUUAUAAAAUAUGUUAAUUGUGCUAAUGUUAAAUAAUGUUGCGUUAAUACAGCGUUCUAAUUAGAAUAAAAAUGUUUGAUAUUACGCAAAUAUAUUUAAGAUGUAAACUACUUUUUAAGUAAAAGCAUAUGGAAGCAAAGCAAGGAAAAUAAAUAUACAGGGUGUUCCUUAAUGAUGUGCGAACAUUUAAGGGUGUGAUUCUACAUGGACAAUUAUUACUGGUAGUUUGUUUUAGAAAUUAUGGUCCAAAAAUUUUCUGUUGCGAAAAUACGGGUGCGCAAUUCCAUGAGAAGGAGGGCGGAAGCAUACAUUAUAAUUGAAGGAGGCCAUUUUCAACAAUUUUUGUAAUAAUAGUUUGGUAUUAGUUGUAAUGUUAUGUUGAUGUUCUAUGUUGUUAAUUGUCGUUGUUUAUUAUACGCAAGUACCAACCUGUAAUGUAUUUAAUUUUUGAUAUUAAAUGAUUAAUAAGUUUUUUUUACUCAAAAACAGCGCAUCGCAGGUUAAACCUCAAGAGAGCUCUUAUAUUUCAAAUUGAACGGGAAUUGCAAAAAUAAUUUUGGGAAAAACCAUUGGCGUACCAUUUUUUAUUUAAAAAUAUCAAAGUCGUUACUCGUACGCAAGUCACUGUUAGAGCUAAAAAUUAUGUUUGUAUUGAAAAACAUUCGCCUUUGCGCUUUCGAAAAUGUUAAUUCAUUUCCUUCUUUUUUCUAAAAUUUUAAUACCCCGUAUUUUCGCAGCGGAACAUUUUUGGACCAUAAAGCAAACUAUCAUUAAUUUUUCAUGUAGAAACACACCCUUAAAUAUUCACAUAUCAUUAAACAACACCAUUUAAAAAUAAACUUUAAAAUAUAUAUUUUUAAUAAAAAUAAAGUUGUUUUGUAUUUUAUUGAAAAACGUC